CCUCCCCAGAAUCCCAGUGCUCUCUGACAGGGUCUGAGGAUUCCUUAGGCAGUCUGGAUGAGAGAGAGAAAAGGCUGCUGAUCAGUGAGAUGAACUACUGGACUAAGGAGAGGAGGAGGAAUGGCAGUGCAGGGUUCCGCCAAAAAUCCACUCGCAGAACCUCAUCACCAUGCUGUUCGCCUAAGAGGUCCCAGACCUCAUUGCAGAGCUUGCCUGCAACUAGAGAGGCUCCCCUCAUGGAGGAGCCUCUUAAGGCUCUUUUUGGGGUAACGGAAGAGAGCCUCCUGAUAUCCCUGGUUGAGGGUCACUCCAACCCCAUCUCCUCCAGCUCUUCUGAGUUGAGCUGUGCUAUUGUGGGAGAGGUAGUACACCAGCUUAACUCUGGCCUCUCAGUGGCCAUUCAGGCCAGCUCAGGGAGUUGCCCCCCUAUGGACAGUCAGGACAUAGCAGUAGGCAAGGAGGUCAUUCGGGUAGCCUCGGUGCAGAUCCUGGCCGAGCUACAGAGCCAAACGUCUGAGCCAGAGUGGGUAGGGUUUAUCGAGCCCCUCAUGGACCCUGUGACCGAUGAUGUGCUGGAUGCCAUUGUCGGCACAAUGGACAAAAUGGCACAGGACUUCAACAUCCUAUUGGAUCUGGCCAAGAAGAUGACAAUCUUGGGGUCUAAAUUUCUGACCAAUCUUCAAUGUGACCUUGAUGUUGAGUGUCCAUCUGGGAAAGAAGGGACCACUCACUUUCUCAAAGAGACUGGAUCCUCUACCAGUGUGGUGGCCAGAAAGCUUCAGACCCUCUCUAGCCCCGACUUUCAGUCUAAAGCCCUGAAGGCGGUGAGCACCAUCCUUACAAGGAAAGUCAGCAGCUCUUCUGGCAUGGAUCCUUCCUCUAGGCCUUCUAGUGCUGCACCUAGCCUUACUGAAGCUCCCCUGAAUACCAGCUGCACAGCCCUGACACCUGUAACCUCCACUGCCACAGUGAUUGUUAAGGCAUUUGUGGGAGGCAUGGAGACGAUAGCAUCAUUUGAAGGCACAUGUGAAGCAGUUGAUUGGCCAGUUCCUGUAAAGGACCACAAAACAGGAUCUUCACAGAUGAUAACCUUCUCUCUAGCCCGCACACUCUACGGCCGUAUACGAGCAAAGCUGAGGGACCUUUUAACUCUAUCCGCUCGAGAAGAAGGUGUGGCUAAGGAUGCUUCUCUUCAGGAGUCUUCAGACACCCUGGAAAAGGCAACUGUUUCAACUGUUGAGGUCCAGUUACCCAGCACCGAACUUAGUAGAGUUCCCAGUGAGAGCCAACCAAUACCAGCUCUCUGUCUCUCCAAUCUGGAUACCAGUACUCAAGAAGUUCUUAGCAGUGUUUUUUCCAUCUACAAGUCAGAGUUAUCAAAAGUGGAGAGUAAAUCCUUGGCCGUUGUCAGUUCAUCUGAUGAGUCCCUAGAGGCUUGUUGGUUUGUUGAUGGUGUCCUAUCAAAGCUCGAUGACUAUACUAUUUCCCAGUCACCCUCACCCAAUGAAGACUUGAGCGUGAGUACUCAAUAUUCUCAACUGAGCUCAGAAGAGAGUGUCAGAAUCACAGAGUCCUCUACUAGUCUGAUUCAGAGCAUUAAGAAGCUCUCUAGCAAUGACUUCCAGACUCAGGCAGAAGAGGCAGUGAGUAAAGUGCUGAUGAGAUCCAGUCAUUCCUUUAUCACACAGAUCAGCCAUACUGGUCUUCAGAAAAGUCUGCAGGCUGGCUUAUCAUCUAGCUCACCAUCAGAGAUCCAUGUCCUUUCAGAAUCCAUGUCCUCCAUGUCCUCUGAGAAUACAGCCUCUGGAUUAGUGGAAACCUUUGUCAAAGGAAUGGCGACUAUUUUCCAGAAAAAUGAGUCCACUGACACUGUGCUACUGGAAAGAAGUGGGAGAGUUUCGCAGUGCUCCCACGGGGGCUCCCAACUGGAUGAUACUGAAUUGAGUGUUAAAAUAUCAGAGGAGAAGCUUUGGUCAACAGCUAAGACCAUAUGCGUCAGUAUGAAGAACACACUUAAGGAUUUCUUCACAGGGCUGAAGCCACCCGGAUCCGAAAGGACAGAAAAUGCUUCUUCCAAAGAGACCCUUGGGGAAAUCCUGGUUGCUAUCCAGAGUGAAAUCUCAAACUUAGGGCGAAUUAAGGAUUCCAGGGAGCUCCUUCAGAUCAAUGAUAUGGUAGGAACUAUGCUGAAGGAGGUUGAGAAAAGUGAGGAUGACAGUGAACAAGUCUGCCAAGACAUCCCUAGAACCUGUUCAUCUUUGUCCACUUCUUUAAAUGGUCGUAGUUCCUUGUCCAGCUCUUCAAAGAGUCCUAGGUCAGAGUGUGAGUUAGAGAUCAACCUCCCUGGCACUCCCAUCCCUGACGAAGUGCCUUUCGAUCUGACCUGCCCCAUCGUCAGGAGCUCCUUCAUCGACACCAGGGUCUCUAAAAUGCCAGAUAUUUCUUCAAGUGACCUAAAGACAAAGAUGAUGGCACACACAGAUGAACGAUCCUCCACUCCUUCUUUCACAAGCAAGGGAACCUCUUUGGUACCAAAGGGAGAUGGGAUUGACAUUGAAGAGAAGGAAGAGUGUAUCCCCAGCAGCUCUGGCCAUCUGAGGGAGCUCUUAAUCACCCCGGACAUCAGCAGUGCCACUGCAUUCCCGCUGCAGUACUUGAUGGACUCCAGCAAAGAUGAUGUCAUCUGUUUGGUCACCAUACUGGUGAUAAGGUUGUUAUCGGAGAUCAGACCCUCAGCCCUAGAUGGACCCUCCCAACAGGCAGCAGAUCUGACAGAAACAUCUCAGCAACUCAUCAGACAAGUCCUGUCUGAGUUCUGUGCUGCAUCCAGAUUCUCCAGGACAAAGGCAUAUUCCCAGAACCUGAACAUCCAAAGGGUGUUCAGAGGUGUACAUAAAAACCUCAUGGAGGAGUUUGGCUCUUAUAACACCCUGCAAGCAGCUAUUUCCUCCCAGGACCCUGCAUUUGACAGAGUCCUGGUAAAGUCCUUGACCCAGCAGCUGGUACAGGGAUGCAAGGAGGCGUCAAGACCAGCUUCUGCUGCAACAAACCCAUCAGACCAGGCUGAGACAGAGAGGGGGGCUGAGCAGAAAGCAAGAAGGAGCUUCCUUUGCUUUUCAAUGACCAAACUCAGGAUCAACUUCAAGCGUUCCAAGAGAGGAAACAAAAAGGACUGCCAUUCAGUCCAGGAACAGACUGAGAUUCCCUCUACUGAUGGACAUUGCAUAGCUCCAGUUGGAGAGGAUUCUCCCUCCAUAUCUCAGCCUGUCAAAAAACAAUCCUUGAUUGUCAGGGUCUUUUCAGCAAUGAUGAAGCCAUUCAGGCGCUUCACCAAGAAGAACCUGUAACCUCUUAAGCUGCAUGAAGAUCUACUUUUGUAACAGCAAGACUUUUGAAAAGAGGAAUUUCUGCAUGUCUACCCUUUCAAAGUCUAUUUGAUCAAAUAAAUGCAAAUUAUUUUACAAGAAUUUCAAGUGUUUUGGAAGAUUAGUAAAACUGAAGCAGCUUUUCUCAGAGAAAUGCACUAGUUCUCCCUUGGUUACACAUUUAUUGUGCAGUUUUUGAGUUGGCAGGACUUGGGGCAGCAGGUAGCCUUGUGGUUAGAGCGUUGGGCCAGUAACUGAAAGGUUGCUAGGUCAGAUCCCUGAGCUAACCAUGUAAAAAUAUGACGUUCUGCUCCUGAACAAGGUAGUUAACCCACUGUUCCUAAGCUGUCAUUGUAAAUAAGAAUUUGUUCUGAACUGACUUGUCUAGGAAAAUAAAUAAAAUAACCACAGCUUGACUCUAAUACAAUAGUUGCUGCAUAGACUGUCAGAUAACCAGAUGUCUAUGCAUUUAGUUCGAUUGGUAAGAGCUUAUUAGCAGCAAGGGGAAAACACAUAGAGGAGAAUUAGCUAUCUGCAGCUAGAUGUUUUGUAUAUGUUGAAAAUAUGUUGAAAAUA